GGCGUGAAACGGAUUCGCUACCACGGAGCUGGCCGGACCGAUAUCACCAUCAAGCGGUGCGCUAUAAUGAAGAGGCGCAAUGCCGAUUGUGGCAAAAUACGACGGCCCAUUAAGAAGAACAAAAUUGCAGAACAGAUCGGGAGCAACACCCUGCUCUACAUAAAAUUUCUUCUCCUAUGGGCGUCCGUAAUUACAGCAGACUUUUUGCUCGAGUUUCGUUUCGAAUUUCUAUGGCCAUUUUGGUUGCUGCUCCGUUCAAUAUAUGAUUCCUACAAGUAUAAAGGAUUGGCAUUUUCCGUACUAUUUGUCUGCAUAGCGGUCACAUCCGAUCUGGUCUGUCUGUUUUUCAUCCCCGUUCAGUGGUUAUUUUUUGCCGCCAGUACGUACGUUUGGGUGCAGUAUGUUUGGCAUACAGAUAAAGGUAUCUGUUUGCCGACGAUAAUACUGUGGAUAUUGUUCGUAUAUCUGGAGGCUGCCAUACGAUGGAAGGACAGUCGAAAUAUACCACAUCUCAAUCUCUGCCGGCCAUUUGCCGCCCAUUGUAUCGGAUACCCGGUGGUGACGCUUGGAUUCGGUUUCAAGAGCUACGUUGGUUACCGCAUACGGCAACGCAAGCAACGCGAAGUUGCGAAGGAUAAUGACUUCUACAUGCAGUUGCUUCAGGAAGCACUGCCGAAGGAAGAGUCGAAAGCGUUAGAGCCGUUGUCCGAUGGAAUUAGCGGAGGCGGUGCGGAGCAUCCGACAAUGCCGAAGGAUCUCGUACCGGUGGCCGCGAUGUCGAAUAACCAUAAUAGUCUGAAUAGUAGUAGUAGUAGUACAGCGACAAGUAACAGAGGUGACACAGGACAGCAUAAUCACCACCACAAUCAUCAUAAUCACAAUCAUCACCACCAUAAUCAUCAGCAGCAGCACCAUGCGAGCCAUAGUAAAAGUACCCAAAGUUACAAAUCGCCGAGUAGCAGUAGUACCGUCUCGACGACGCAUGUAAAUGGGCAUGUCGGUAGUGGUGGUAGCUCACCGUCAUCGUCAAGUAGUGCGAUGAACGGAAGCCUCAGUCACUCAUCGCAUCAACAGCAAGGCUCUUCCAAGCAUCGGAAAAGUUUGGACAAGGAUAGCAGCGCGAGCAGCAGUUCUACGUCCUCCAACUCAUCCAGUACGUUUAAUGCCGGCAGUAAGAUGAACGGUGGUAGUGGUGGUAGCGGUGGAUCCUACUAUUUCCACCAGACUGCCACAUUCCAGCAAAGUGGUCACAAUAGUUCCACCUCCUCCAGCAGUAGCACCAGUAGCAAUAGUAGCAGUAGUAACGUCGGCAGUACCACAAUCAGUACAAAAGAAAGUUCGAUCACGGUAAAUCGUGCGAACGAUCAUAAUGGCAGCAUUCACUGCAAUGGAAGCUCUAUUGCGAAAGAUGUCAAAGAGAGUACCCUGCAACAAGGACAAACUGCUCGUAAAGACUGCGACAGGGAGACAAGUAACGGUGGUAAUGCGGCAGCUUCGACCAGUUUGUCUACGUCUAGCUCUGCAAAACACAUCCAAUCCAAUCGUUCCAAAAGUCCAAACGAAAGUACUCCACCAUAUAGCAGUAAUGGCGGUACUUUAGGAGGAACUAAACCCAAUGCAGGUAAGCAGAACGGUCACGUUGCGCAAUACCAUCAACCCGAGCUGAUACAGCAAGCGACGGCCACGGAAGCACCAACGCCCAAUACCGAAUCGAAAGGUGGCAGUGGUCGUUCAGGGCGUAAAAACCGUCUAAAGAAAGCUGCCGAGCAGCAGGCGCAGCUGUCCGCAAUCGCUAAGCUUUGUGCGACCCUUGCACUGGCCUCGUCGGUGACGACGCUUACGACAACGACAGCGGCAACGACGACAUCCGGCGGAACCGAUAAAGGAACAACCGUUACGCCGUCUUCGUACACCACCGCUUCUGGCAGUGGUCCAUCCGCGCCGGUUAAAGACAAUCUCCAACAAAAUGGCGAACAGGGGAAGGAUCUUUCGAACGCUUCCAAGGGUAGUAGUUGUAGUAGUGCGAUCGCAGAAGGUAAGCAGGACUGUAGUGUCUCGUCGGUGAAUGGGACAUUAAAAGCGACACAAACGACGACCGGAUCGUCCUGUCAAGCUUCAUCUACCGAGUCUGCUCCACCGGCCGCCACAGUGAUUGUCCAGAAGGUGUGUGAGUCCUGCCCACGGCUCGAAGGAGACUUGAAGAAAUUGCGCGCCGAGCUGUCAGCACACCGGCAGACGGAGAAUGAGCUGCGGCAGAAGUAUGAUUCGAACGCGAACAAUCUGAAGGCGUGUUUGCAGGCUAAACAGAAGGAUUACGAUGAACUGCAAAACAGAUACCAGGAACAUUGCAACCAACGGCAACAGGAACGUCAGAAUUUGCAAACCGUCGAGAGACGGCUGGGUGAAGAACGACGACACCGACAAUCGCUCGAGGCACAAUUAAACAAUGAGCGCAAGUACCGCAAGCAGGCAGAGGAAAAAGCCGCCCGUGCCGAGUGUAGCGAGGCAUGCAAGAUGAAGAAGCAGCAGAUAGAAAUGGAAAUCGAUAAGAUGCAGAACGAACUGCAUAAUAUGGAGGAAGCGAAACUGAUGGCCGAAAAGCAAGCUCGUAACUAUGAGCAGGAGCUGCGAAAGAUGGAGUUACAGUUACGAAACCGUGAUGCACAGCAAAACACUGAAGUGCUGAUGAGUGCACUGGCCGCAAUGCAGGAUAAGAACGCGACGCUCGAGAAGAGCCUUUCGGCCGAAACGAGAUUUAAGCUGGACUUAUUCUCCGCCCUUGGUGGCACUAGGCGAGAGGUUGAAAUUCUCACCUGUUCGUUGCGUGCGAAGGAAGAGGAAAUACUUGACCUAAAUGCAAAAAUCGUACAGCUGUUGGCGGUUAUGCCUACCGAGAACCUUUGCUUGACUAGCCACGGUGGUGGCGCGGGAUCGGACGGUGGAGCAUCGAUGAUGCGGUUGGCCGAUGCACCGCAACUUUUGCCACAAUCCAUGACGAGCGGGCAUCUGAAUGGGAUUGGACCCGGCAGUGGUGGUAGUGGUGUAGGAGGAGGAGUAGCAGGUGGAGGCAGCAGUACAGGUACGGGAGGAAGCGUAAUGCAGCAAAGCAGCCAACAGCAACCAAGUCCUAUGUCGCACCUGGUGCAGAACGGACCAUCGUUCUGCAGUCAAUUAGGCAGCCUCGGGGUGCUUACGUCCACGAUGACGACACUGCCCUCGUCAUCGGUGCUAUCCGGUCCGAACACGGUCGGUAACGGCAGCGGUACCAAUGCGGGACAAAUAGUACAAAUGCAAAACUCGAACAACGGAGGCUCAAGCGCCGGCAACUGUCCGUCCGGACUCGAUCCGAACGCGACAAUUUACACGCCGAAAAACAACGGCGGCAUGGUCGGUGGCACUGAGGCCUGACCACGUGAGCGAUCGUUUUUUCCACCCAGCAACGUUUCUUACUCAACGCGAACUCCACCAUCUCUAUCGCUCUUUGUAAGCCUGC